AAACUAACGAAGCUCAUCGAAACACAGAAGCUAGAAGUCAGCAAAAAUGGCGACUCAACAAUUGGUAGCAGACAAGAAACAAGGAGCCGAAGUCCACCACGGCGCCGCCCUCUGCAAGAAAAAGUGCCAUGAAGUUCUCGCCGAACUCAACCUUCCCAAAGGCCUUCUCCCACUCGACAACCUCACCGAGAUGGGCUACAACCGCGCCACUGGAUUCAUAUGGCUCAAGCAAAGCCAACCUUACGAGCACAAGUUCAAAGCCAUCAACCGCACCGUUUCCUACGACACCGAAGUGUCAGCUUUCGUUGAGAACCGUCGAAUGCGUAAAGUUACCGGAGUGAAAAGUAAGGAGCUUGCAAUGUGGGUGAAGCUUGCCGAAAUAUAUAUUGAAGAUCCUAAUUCUGGCAAAGUAACUUUCUCCAGUGCGGCCGGGCUGUCGAGGGCCUUCCCUACCUCGGCGUUCGAGCUGGAGGACAAGAAGGACCAAAAGGAACAAAGAGAAAACUGUUGGGGUCGUUUCAAAAUUUUAAUAUUUUAAUAAUUUACGGUAGAUGCCUGUCACGUUUUUUUUUUUUUUUUUUUAAAUUUAUACAGUCUGUGCGUGGGUCAGAUGUAUGAAUAAGCAACUUUUAUAUCAGUUGAUAAUAAGAAUAGAAACUUUUGAGUUUUUAUA